AAAUUAAACCAUCUACAGAGCCGUCUUUUUAAUUUCCAUCACUGUAUUUGUGAUUACCGUAGUCUUCUGGCCCAAUUAUUUGAUGAACAACGACAACUGAAGCCACGCAAAGCCAUGACACCAACUCCCCAUAAGAAGUAUUGUAUUUCAAGCUUCAGUUUCAGCUAACAGACUUUCUUGUCGAUUAGUGCUGGUGUCUAAAUAGGUGCGUGUGUACACGUGUGUUGAUGCGUUUGCGCGCGCGUGUGGACGUACCGUUUGUGAAUUGUGCUUGUGUGAAUAUCUCUUUAAGAAUGUAGCUGUCAUUCGAUCCCAGUGCGAGAAAGCGCCUUGCCCUGCGGUAACCUCCUCUCAUCACUUCCAUAAUCGAGCAUCAGCGUCGCUACGCGUCCCUCACCACCUCCAACAUGCAUGUUUUGUGGGGAGGAAUUAUUUACAGUAAAUGCAUUAGAAAAUCACGGUCACACCAAAUUUAAUACGUUAGAAUAAGACUGCUGUGGUUGAGAACGUUGUCUUCAUAAAAAUGAAUUCAACAUGGCUUUCGACAAAAUUGACCAUAUCUUCGUACCAUAAACCAGUUGAGUGCGGAACUUAGAUCUGAAUGAAAUACACAAGUGGUGUUGGGUGGUCAUGGAAGCCUUCAGCCUGCGGAUCCUCCUCAUCUCGGUCAGCAGUUUCUUCACUUUCCAGUGGCUGUUCCACCGGGUCAGCCCUAGGAUCUCCUCCAAGGUCAGCCAGGGCUUCGUCGCCCUCAGCGACAAGCAGAAAGUCGAGUGGAACUCAAGGACCGUGUCCACGUUUCAUGCUCUGGUGGUCGGGCUCUUCUGCCUCUACAUCCUACGCUUCGAUGAUGCGAUUAAUGACGACCCUGUCUGGGGAGAUCCCACCCUUGUGAAGAUAAAUGUUGGCAUUACUUCAGGCUACCUCAUAUCUGAUCUGCUGCUGAUAUUUUACUAUUGGAAGGCGAUAGGAGACAAGUUUUUUGUAGUUCACCACCUGGCAGCAUUAUAUGCUUACUACUAUGUACUGGGUCAAGGAAUGUUGCCUUAUUUUGCAAACUUCCGUCUUCUUGCGGAGUUCUCCACUCCGUGUGUGAACCAGCGCUGGUUCUUUGAAGUGUUGGGCUACCCUAAGUCCUCCAAGCCGAACAUCGCCAACGGGGUUGCCAUGGCCGUUGUCUUCUUCUUGGUUCGGAUUGCCGUCAUGCCGCUGUACUACAGCCGCAUGUGGUCGGUGUACGGCACCGAGGCCUUCUACCGGUUGCCGUACAGCGGCCGCGUGGCGUGGAUCUGCUCCAGCAUCUGCCUGGACGUCAUGAACACCAUGUGGAUGCACAAGAUCGCCCGCGGCUGCUAUUGGGUCAUGCUCUCAGGCCGACGGCCCAAAGCCACUACGCAGGAGAACGGGAAGGCGGAGUGAGUUUGGAGAGAAGGGCGAUGCUGCCGUGCGGACGACCCAGAGCUAUGCUGUCCCUCCCCAGCGCUCCGUCUGGUUCCUAACCGUCUGUUUCAGAAGGAACCCACUCCUAAACGAAAGCCAAGUACAAUCAGUGGAGAGGUGUUUGAAACAGGACACCGUGAGUCUUUGGGGAAAUGUUUUCAAGUUCACAUGAGAUGUGGAAGGAGAUGAGAUCCGCCUCUCCGACAGAUAAAAGGGCCCUUAAGCGAUACUUUUUUUUCAUGGCCAACCAUUUUUGUGUCUGGUAAUAUGACAGUUUUUCCAAACACAUAAAGUGAAUGACAAAGCCAAUUGAUUUAGCGGACUUCCAAAAAUAAAUGUAAUUCCUUUUUUAUAUUUGAUUUCAGUUGCCUAAAUCUUAGAGGUGUUUUUUGACACAGAGGAGUCCUCUGGGAGUCCCAUAUUUCACCCUGAGCCUCAGGGGCGUGUUCAGGGAGUGGCCUAGGAUGGCACGGGCCACCCCUGAAAUCUGAUUGGCCACCCCAAUAUAUGA